GAAUAGAGAGAGGAAAAGAGAAAAAUAGAGAGAAAUAGAGAGAGAGAGAGAGGAAAAGAGAAAAAGCGAGAGAAAUAGAAAGAGAAAGAGAGAGGAAAAGAGAAAAAAACGAAAAGAGUAGAAAUAAGUACCCAGAGCAUAACGAGAGAUUCAACAGAAAAUGAAAGAAUAAUAGAAAAAUUGCAGCGACGUGUAAUUAAGGGACGGGGGUGAAAAAAAUACAAGUAAAAGAAAGUGAGAAAACAAAAGGUAAACUUAUUAAGAGACAAAAGACAUUAUGAGCGAAACAGUGGAAGAGCAAGUGAAGUGAGUUUAAAGAUUAGAGAUUAUUGUAGGGAGCGAGAGAGAGAGAGAGAGUGAGAGUGUGAAACAACAAGGAAUGGUGUAAGAAAAGAGAGUGAAAGACAGCAAUUGAGGCGAUUAGCUGGCGAUGGCAUGAGGACAUUAGUGAGGAGCUUCGGGCCCUGCGAGGAGGAGGAUGAGGAUGGUGGUGGGCGUGAUGGUGCUUGGCCAGCUACUGACGAGAAUCCUGCUCGCAGCACACACAGGCGAUCGUCUUGCGGCGGCUCGCAAAAUUCUUCGCGAUGUGCCUCUAAUCGAUGGACACAACGAUUUACCAUGGAAUAUACGAAAGUUCCUAAAGAACCAGCUGAGAGAAUUCAAGUUUGAUGACCUCAGAAACAUCCCCCCUUGGUCCCAGAGUGCUUGGAGUCAUACAGAUCUCCGGAGACUAAAGGAAGGCAUGGUUGCAGCUCAGUUCUGGUCGGCAUACGUGCCGUGUUCCUCGCAGCAUCUGGACUCAGUGCAACUUGCCCUCGAGCAAAUCGACCUAAUUCGAAGACUGGUCAACAAACAUCCCCAAAAUAUGGUUCUCGUUACCACUGCCGAGGGAAUAGAAGAAGCUCACAAAGAUGGUAGAUUAGCAAGUCUCAUAGGGGUAGAAGGGGGUCAUGCAGUUGGAGCGAGUCUCGCGGUGCUGCGGAUGCUGUACGAGUUAGGAGCAAGAUAUCUCACUCUCACUCAUACAUGUAAUACACCUUGGGCAGACUGCAGCACGGCGGAUGAACCAGGUCAAGUGCCUCACACCGGUGGUCUUUCCAAUUUCGGAAAGAGCGUCGUUCAGGAGAUGAAUAGACUGGGAAUGAUGGUGGACUUAUCACACGUAUCGGUGCCCACAAUGUUAGACGCUAUGAGCACAUCAAAAGCUCCAGUGAUCUUUAGUCAUAGUAGUGCUCACGCCCUCUGUAAUUCCUCGAGAAAUGUUCCAGACCACGCAUUACGUCUUCUGGCCCAAUCAGGAGGCAUAGUGAUGGUAUCAUUCUACCCAUAUUUCAUCAGCUGUGGCGAAAAGUCUACACUAGAAGACGUAGCCGCUCAUAUCAACCAUAUACGAAAAGUGGCUGGAAUCGAUCACGUGGGAAUUGGUGCUGGCUACGAUGGGAUCAAUUUAACACCUACUGGUUUAGAAGAUGUCAGCAAAUAUCCUGAAUUAUUUGCCGAAUUACUCGCGAAAGGCUGGUCGGAAAGAGACAUUCAAAAACUGGCUGGUUUAAAUUUAAUUCGCGUCUUCAAAGCAGUGGAAAAGGUUAGAGAUCAAAUGGCCGAGGACGGUAUGGAGCCAUUGGAGGAGGAAAUUCCCAAAGAGGACAUCAUUGGUCGAGAUUACUGUCGUUAUAAUAUUAAAAGACUGUCCAGUGAUCCUUAAAAACGAGAAGCUUCAAAUGAACGAGCAAAGAAAUUCUAUAAUAUGAAACGUUUAUCGAAUUUCCAAAGUCCCAGUUGUGCCCUAACAAUUCUCAUAUAAUCUCCAAUAUUUGAAAUCUAUUUCUCGAAAAACCUUCUCUCUCUCUCAAUCUAUAAAAGAAAAGAAAAAAAUAAAACCAGUGUACUAUCUCGAAUCAAAAAUAGGUACAUAUAUAAAUUCCAUCAGAAUCAAAAUCAUGUCUUUACCCUUCUCUCUCUCUCUCUCUCCUCCCUUCCAUUUUUAUUAUCAUUUCUCUCCAGUUUCUCAUCAUUUUCUUCCUUAUACAUGAAGCAAAGAAAUCCACCUACUAAUCGGAUUUCUAGAAUUUAUAUUGAAACCCAAGUCAAACUGGUUGGAUAAAUUUUUUCUUUCUCUCAAAACUGA